AUGAUCCAAGAGUUCGUGGAGGCCGGGUUCGGUACCCCGUCGCCCAUGCUUACUGUUGUCGGAUCAACACUCAAGGAGCUCGAACGCCACGUUACGAAGGGUCCCAAGGCUGCGCUUCAGAUCACGGCUUACAACACCGAGGAUGGCUCUGACCUCCGCCAGGCAUCCGGUCCGCUUACGCGUUCGAUCACUGAGCAAGUCUUCACGCACCUCAUCCACUGGACUGCCGCUACGGACUUCCCUGCGACCGCGACUCGUGCGGUCGACCUCGGCGCUGGUGGCUUCAACGGCAAUGGUCUGCUCACCUCCCGCAACCUGGACGGCCGCGGGUCUGUCCUCCUCGCUGGUAAUCACAUGGAGCUCGCGGGUGCUGGCCACUACUCACCCGCUGCACUCCGUGCGAAGGACACCGAGAUCCAGAGUAAGACCUCAACCAGCGUCGGUAUCACCCUUGACACGCUGUACAUCAACCUACGCCAGGUCGGCUUUCAGUCCCCGCUCCGGCAGGAGAUGCGCAAGGAGGGCCUGCGAUUGAAGGUUUCCGCGUCGCUGCCGGUAUCCCGACCAUCGAGAAAGCUGUGGGGAUCAUUGAAGAUCAUGAGAGCACUGGUACCCAUCCCGUCUCGUUCAAGCCCAGUCGAGGGUGUCCGCCAGGUCGUUGAUAUCGCCGCGGCGAAAGUGGGUGGCCACUACAGCCACAAGGACCUCCGCCAGCCGAUCGUGCAGAUCUGCGCGCGUAUCCACGCACACGAGAACAUCGUCCUCGUCGGUCGCCCUGGUUUUGGCGCUGGCGAGCAGCUCUGGCCGCACUACUCCGGUGAAUGGAGUGCUGCUCACGGUCUUCAGUCGAUACCGUCGACGGCUUCCUCUCCAGCUCGUGGGCUAUGA